CUCUAUGGUCGUUACGUUCAGGAACUGCUGAUUUUACUGUUGGUGAGUGGAGCACUGAGCGAGGCGCCGGCUCCCUACGCGCCUAGCGGCUGGCGGCCCAGCGGUCCCGCCUUCGAAUUGCCGUCUAGAGCGCCAUCACAGAUUCCGCAAAGAGCUGAAUAUCUUCCGCCAGUUGACCCCCGUACCAACAGACCCUUAGGUUUCGAUCCUGUCGCCGAUGUAUCAGUCCAAGGCUUGCCGACACAGGAACAGCUGCCGAUAUUCCAAGUUUCGCCAAUCAAUGGACAGCAAUAUGUCGGUCCGAACUUCAACAGUGAUAUCAAGGGAUUGGAAUCAAACUUCCAAGAAUCUCAGCUUCAGCAAGAAAAGGCUCGUCAGUUAUCGAGACAGCAACAAUUCCCUGCAAACCCCAAUGCGGCAAGCGGUCUGCCAAACUCACAAUCACCGCGUCAAUUCGCUCAAACUACAUCAGCCCCUUCAACUACUGCAAGACCCAAACAAGCCGAACCUACAACUGAACCCAGCUUAAACAAAGAUGAGAAACUAGACAAGGAGGAUUUACCAAAGAAAGCUAAAAUAUCAGUCGAAGUAUCUAAGCAGAAUCUACAAGAAUACCCACCGGAAUUCUUUUUAAGCUCGCUAGCACAGCUGCAGUUACAGCCACAGUUCGUACCGUUGCAACAGUUUGGACAGAUUAGGGAACAAGUAUUCUAUCAACCACCACAGCAAGGCGCUCCUGCGAAACAAACCGCUGGUUACGAUGGCCCAACUCACUUCGCAGCGUUCCCAUCAGUUUUAGCGCAAAACCAAAUCGCUCCUCAGCAGCAAACUCUUAUCCCAGCUCAACAAGUAAUCAUACAAAAACCAGCUUUAUUAGUCCAACAAGCUCAACAACCAGCUAAUCCAAUAAUUGUACAAGCGGAAGAACCGUUACCCCAAUACCAACCGGUUGCUCAAUAUCAGCCAAUUGCUCAACCACAGCUCAACCAAGAACCACUACCUCAAUACCAACCAGUCAAUCAAUACCAACCGAUUGGUCAACCUCAGUUUAACCAGGAACCACUGCCACAAUACCAACCAGUUCCUAACCAGUAUCAACCAGCUUUACAAGCACAGGAACCAUUACCACAAUACCAACCUGUAAACCAAUAUCAACCUAUCACUCCUCAGCAGUACCCUCAGGCUACACCUGUGGUAUACCAGCCUCAAGCGAACCUUCCGCCACAAAACCCCGAAGCAGAAGCAGUUGAAACUAACAACGAACAACCACAAUACAUUUAUCAACAAUCUUACCAACCUCAAGAAUUGUAUCAGCCCCAACAGGCUUACCAACCUCAAAUCCAAACUCAAUACACAGCGCAACAAGGUUUUAUUCCACAAAGUCAGGCGAAUUAUCCUCAAGAUCUGAAUCAGUAUUACCAGAAUCAAUUUCCUCAGCAAUUUCCUAAUCAGUUCGGAGCAGAGCCUAUAGUUCAAGGACAAGAUUCUUUACAGAGUGGUCUAGAUGUUAGUAAAGAAGAUAAUGGAAUUGAUCAGGAAGAGCAAGAAGAAGAGGAAAUAGAUGAUGGUACUAAAGCUACCGCUGUAGCAACAGCAUUCGGGACAAGAACUCAACCUCGUGUCUUUUCUCAAUACGGUGUUCCCGCAUCUAGUCCGAGAGACCAAGCCAACCGUGGAUACCAAACUACAACGGAGUCUGAUACCGAGGAGACCACUGAAGAAGCACCUGCCAUUGCUCAGGCCACUGCUGUCGCUACGCCCUCUAGAAAUAGGAGCGCUAAACUAAGGAGCCGCCGCCCUCGUCCGCUCUUCACUGUGGAUAGAUCAGGCCAUCUUGUACUCGCAAAAGAACAAUAGUCCAUCUCUACUCAUGACAAUGCAUGUUUAAUUAUUUAUUACUGUACCCUUAACUCUUAUGCUCUAUAAUAAAUCUUCGCCGAUAAAAGUACGCAAAAC